GCCGUCAUUGCGUCAUCAGCGCGCGUCCCGUAUGGCCCCGGCUCGGCUGCCCGCGGCGCUGCCCCGCGUCAUGCGCCUGCUCCGCUUCCAGCGUCCCGGGGCGGCCGAGCCCCGGCUGGGGUUGCAGGAAAACGAGGGCGGGGAUGUGGUGGAUCUCAACGAGGCCGAGCCCGCGCUGCCCCGCUCCAUGCGGGCCUUCCUGGAGAGCGGCGAGCACGGGCUGGCGGCUGCCCGCAGAGCGCUGGCCUCGGGCCAGCACCGUUUGCCCCGGGCGGGAUUGCGGCUGUUGGCGCCCAUCGACGACCCCGAGAAGGUGAUCUGCGUGGGGCUGAACUACCGCGACCACUGCCUGGAGCAGGACGUCAAGGUGCCCAAGGAGCCGCUCAUCUUCAGCAAGUUCCCCAGCGCCAUCGCCGGGCCAUUCGAUGACAUCGUGCACCCGGCCGAGAGCAGCGAGGUGGACUGGGAGGUGGAGUUGGCUGCCAUCAUCGGGAAGACAGGGCGGCACAUCCAGGAAUCAGAGGCUAUGGAGCACAUUGUAGGCUUCACUGUGGCCAACGAUGUCAGUGCCCGGGACUGGCAGAUGCGAAGGAAUGGGAGGCAGUGGCUGCUGGGGAAGACUUUUGACACCUUCUGUCCUAUAGGGCCGGCUAUCGUCACCAAGGACUCAGUGACAGACGUCCACAACCUGCGCAUCCGCUGCAGCGUCAACGGGCAGCUGAUGCAGAACAGCAGCACCAGCCAGCUUGUCUUCAGGUUGCCCCAGCUCGUCGCCUGGGUGUCCCAGUUUGUCACGCUGCGCCCUGGGGAUGUCCUGCUGACAGGAACCCCUCCUGGCGUGGGGGUUUUCAGGAAGCCCCCCGUGUUUCUCAAGGUGAGCACCGGGUGGGGUCACUACAUAGGGCCGGGUGGGUCAGUGUGGCAGAAGAAGAACAGUUCCCUCUGAGGUUAGCACUUCAGCUUCAUGUGUUCCCCUCCCUGUCCCUUGUCACCAACCUCCUCAGCAACCCAGAUUUCCCCUUUCUGGGUUCCCGGCUCCUGCUGGAAGUAGAAAACCCUGCCACUGCUCUCCCCCUGCAACCCCCUCCCCCUCCAUCCUCUCUGUCGGGAUAAAGGAGCUGCCAGAUGCACGGGGCUGCAGCAUCUCCUGCCUUUGCAGCAAGGUGACG